ACGGCUUUAACAUUUGAAUUUUGCAGGAUAAGCCCCCUAAAUUCCCCGUGAGUUUAUUGCCCAAACUAUGCCCGAAGCCAAGCCACUUUAGACCAUCGCCAGCCAUGCUUGAGAAUGCUGUCACCGUGGAUCGCCCCAUUUAUCAGGAUAUCCGGCGCCUCACAGACGCCCAGCUGUCCAUUAUGUGUCAGAGCCACCAGAUCUUCCCGGGUCCAAUAACCUUUCGAAAUCGGCGAGUGGCGGAGCGCCAACUGCAUAUAGCGAUGAUCGAGGAGCGGGCCAAGCAAAGAGCCUAUCAGCAGUUCGCCCUGGAGUGCAAUCGGCAGACCUCCGGGAACUUCCAGCAAGUUCCGCCGCCCCAACAGCACUACGGUUUAAUGCAGGCACUACCCCAAAUCACAAACCAGAAUGCUAUACCUCGAACUUAUUGGCCAUCUCCUGGUACUUCCAAUGUGCGCAGCGCACCUAGGAGUUUCCUGAAUCGUGCAAACCGUCCGGAUCCGAUCCUCGAGCCAAGUCGGUACAUCACUUGGCAACAGCAAAACAGGUUAAUGAACAAGAGCAAAAGUGAUCGGGGCACCAAUAUCCUGGGCUUCAACAUGCCCUUCUCCUUGGAGGCGGCCAUGGAUUUUAGCUCAAGAUUAAGCAACACCAUUAGGCGUUUUAGAGGAGGAGGUGAGGAGGAGGAGGAGUCGGCCAGCCCAAAGCAGGAAGGGAAGUAUAAUGAUGCUGAUGUUUCAGAGGAUUAUCAGGAAGAUUACGAUCAACAAUCCCUUGAGGAUUCCGACGAGGAAACAUCCAAGUCAUACCAGGAGUCACUCCUUGAAAGGGACACGCUGUCUGAAAGUUCAGAAGAUGAGGUUCAACAGAUGAAAGGUAAAAAGAAGAAGGAGGCCCGCUCCCAGGAUGCCUAUGUCUAUCCCUUUCCCUACGACUUCCGGGAACUGCGUAGGCUGGUCGACGGGGCGGAUGCGGAAUCUCAUAAUGAACUAUGCGACUACAAGAGUUUCAUCAGCCUAUCGACUGUCUACCACGAGUUCGCCAGCCAAGUGCCAAUGGCCAGGACAGCACCCUCUGUGGAUUCCAAGCCCCGUUUCCGCUGGUGGUGGCAGCGAAGGGCGGAGGCGGGGGACGAAAGGAUUCCCGAGGCGGAGCGGACGACGGAACAGGAUCUGAUGCAGGAGUGCGAACUGAAGACAAUCAACUACCUUAGCGAGGCACCGGCGCAAUUGGACGAUGGGAUGCUGGAACUAAUGGGCAGGGUGGAGCUGCGCGACGAUAGCGACGAGGAGGUAGUGGUGGAAAACAAUCGGAGUGGACGAAGACUUCGAUCCUACGGGGGUUUCUUCCGACACAUCUUUCACCUGCUCUGUUGCGAUCGUCAUGGAAAACUCGAUGCGGAAAAGCUGCGCUGCAGCUUCUUCUGCUGCUGCAUGGCCGUUGGUGUCUACGUGGGCAUCAAAAUGUUACGCUAGUGGUACAAUCUCAUGCCAGACUAGAAUGUUUGGUAAUAGAAUUCAAUCAGUAUUCUGGAAAUACUGCAUAUCUCAAGUUGUGUUCCCUCAAGUCUUAGUAAUCAUCUGCCUUUGUUUUCCAACCUUGAGAUACGCACUAUAUUCUCAAUAAACUUCAGUGCAAUAAUCUAAA